AUGGAUCCUUACAAUACUAAUAUUGCUAUUGGUUUAGCCACUAAACCUUACCCUCAUUUUAGAUUACCUGGUUUAAAUUUAUAUUCUGUUGGUUAUCAUUCUAUAAAUGGUCAAAAAUUUAAUAAUGAUAGUAUUGGUAUUGAAUACGGACCUGAUUGGACAAAAGUUGAGGACACUAUUGGUUGUGGGUAUUAUUCUGAUAGUGGAGAUGUUUUCUUCACUAAAAAUGGAAAAUUUUUGGGUUGCGCUUUUACCAAUAUAAAGCAUAUUUGGUUUCCUACAAUUGGUGCUAAUAGUCCUUGUACAAUUGAAAUUAAUUUUGGAGAUAAUCCUGAUAAUGAAUUUAAAUAUAAAGAAGCCAUAGGUUAUGGUCCUGGUGGAUCUAUUCUAUUAAGUAAAAGAAGAAGUUUAAAAAGUCGUAAUAAUAUUAAAGGUUCAUCUAGUGAAAGCAAAACAUAAAUAGAAAAUCAGUAAUAGAUCAUGUGACAUUUUUUUCAAAGUUUGAUAAUUUAAUAAAAUUACUUUAUU